AUAGAAGCUGUUGUGCCCAUCCUAUUGGCUCGCGACGAAUUAGACGAGGGCGCUCGGUCUGCACACCCGAUCCAGCAUCAAGAAGAAAUCACUUUAUCAGCCUUCCUAUAGCCUACAGCCUACCCGGUUAGCAUUCGGGGUGCUCUCGAUGCUCCUUUCUUUGGUAGCCGAGAGAAUUUGUUGGACAAGAGAAAUUCAGAGAACGUUUCUUUUGAAUUGGAUGAUACCUGCUGACAAUGGGAAGUAAAGAAGAUGAUGUGAAGAAGGCGCAGGUUGUGGACGCUCGGGCAAGAAAUAUUAGCCAUAACGUUCGGUGCACGGAGUGUGGGAGUCAGUCCAUUGAAGAUUCUCAAGCAGAUAUUGCUAUUCUCCUCAGGAAGCUGAUUCGUGAUGAGAUUCAAGCUGGGAAGACUGACAAAGAGAUCUACAAAAAGCUUGAGGAUGAUUUUGGGGAAACAGUACUUUAUGCCCCAAAGUUUGAUCUGCAGACUGCAGCCUUGUGGCUAUCACCGCUUCUAGUUGCAGGUGCUGCUGGUGGAAUAUGGGCUUACAACAAGCACAGGCAAAAGACUAAUGUGCACAUCAUGGCAUUGAACCUUGUUAGAGGUGUUCCAUUAACCCCAAAAGAGAAGGAAACUAUGCUGGAGAUUCUUACACCUCCUGCCCCACAAGGAGCUACCCCUUCCUCUUGGUGGAGAAGGUGGCGCAAUGGAUGAUGUCUUCCUUUUGACUGAUAUUGAUCCUAAUUCUUAAUUGGCUUGUAGCUUUGUGCUGGGAUCUAAAGUAGCUAGGCUGCUAAAAGUACUGCUUGGUGUGGAAGAAUCGUUAAUUGUCGGCAUGGGGGUGUAGUGGUGAGAGAUCGUUGGAAGGAUUGUGUUGUAAUCAGAGUGUUGCUUAGUAAUGAACCAAAAAAACUGAAGUAUUAUUUAUACUUGCACAUUAUUUCAACUGGACCUUAUUGAAAAACCUAAAAUUUAUUUA